CAAUCUGUGAAUGACUACGUAAACAGUAACUUAGACCUUUUCAGAUAAACAAUAGAAAAACAAUUGAGGAUUGUUACAAAUCGAUCAUGUUCGAUUUGAACGACUGCGGAAGGCAACAUUAUUAAUGUUAAACUCGUCUCAGGAAACUUCGAAGCUUCUCAGGCGGGCUUAGCUUGCUAGCUGCUCAACAAAGAGACCCGGAACUAGCAACAAAUUGCUAAGGAAGUGUUCGUCUAAAGUGUAGCGAUUGUAGUGAAAAUGUGUAAAAUACAAAUGCUGAGAGCGUUGGUCAAUCAGCGGUUAACUGCGGCUGUUGAAGAAAUAUUUGGAGUGUUAGAAAGAACGAUAGCAGAGUACGAGGAGGAACUUUGUCGAACAAAAGAGGAGAACCAGCGACAACGUCAACUACUGGACGCCGUUUUCAUGAAUCCUCAGCUUGUGUUUCACAGAGCAGACGCCUGUGAGGAACCUCUUCCCCUUGAGCAGCAUGAGUGGAACUCCCAGCUGGAGCACGAGGAGCCACAGGCCCCCCACAUUAAAGAGGAGGAGCCACAGCCCCCCAGCCCCAUCUUGAAGGAGCAUUACUGCAUCAGUCAGGAAGGAGAGCAUCUUGAAAUACUGGAGGAGUUCCCAGUGAUUGUUGUCCCUGUGAAGAGUGAAGAUGAUGAAGACAAAGGUCAAGAGGUGGAGCCUCCAAGCAGCAGCUCAGCUCAUCACAUGACUACAGAACAUGUAGGAGACCACUGUGGAGGGUCACAAACACAAAACCUCUUUGCUGCACUAGCAGAUAGGGACGGCACAACGGCUGAUGAAGCCUCUGAAGCUUAUGUGGGACGUCACACUGACAACACGCGCUGGAAAUGCUCUCAUUGUGACAAAACCUUUGUCAACGAGAUACAUUUCAAAAUACACACGAGACAGCACACAGGAGAGAAUAUUUUUUCCUGCACAGUUUGUGGUGAAAGAUUCACUCUGGAGUCACAUUUGGCAGUACACACAAGAAUACACACUGGAGGGAAACCUUUUCUUUGCACCGUGUGCGGCAAUAGAUUCAAUCAUAAAGGUGAUUUAAAGAAACACAUAAGAAUGCAUACCGGAGAGAGACCUUUUCCUUGCACGGUGUGCGGUAAAAGAUUUUCUGAUCAGUCGAAUUUGAAAGUACAUACAAGAAUACACACCGGAGGGAAACCUUUUCCUUGCACGGUGUGCGGUAAAAGAUUUUCCGAUCAGUCGAAUUUGAAAGUACACACAAGAACACACACCGGAGAGAAACCUUUUUCCUGCACCAUCUGCGAUAAAAGAUUUGCUGUGAAGUCACAUUUGAAAGUACACACAAGAACACACAUUUCAGAAAGAAACUUUCCUUGUUCGGUGUGCGGUCAGCGAUUCACAAAUGGUACACACUUGAUUGAACACGAAAGAUUCCACACUGGGGAGUAACUUGAAAGUUUUUUCAAAGAACACAAUCAGGGAAGUGCGGAUAAGAAAGACUUAUAGAAAGUAUUAUUGUUUCAAAAGCUAAAGUUGGGCAUUUGACCCUCAAUUAAAGAAACAUACUGGCUAGCGUUACAUCGGGAGAGGCAACUGCUGUAAAUAUCUUAAAUGCCUCAGCUAUAAUGAUAUACAGUAAUACAGUAGUAAGGAAAAGUAGUUUUUUCUGAAUAAAUGAGUCAUGCAAUGUGAUAUGCUGAGCAUCUACUGAAGAUCGAGAGUGUUUUGUGCUGGUCAUGGUCUUAUGUCAGUCAACUGGAUGUUACCUUUUGGGUUUUUGUACAUCAAAGUGGGGGGAAAGGUGUCUUUUUUUGUGCCCAUUCCUGCUUGAAAUAUGACUACUGUUGUUUUGGCAUGGUUGUUUCA